ACGGAUCGCCUAAAAUGGAGGAAACAUCGAAAAACUUUCAAGAUUUCACAGAUCUUAUCGGUGGAUUUGGAAGAUGGCAAAAAACUUUAAUCGGGAUAUCAGUAUGGAAUGUCGCUGUCUUUGCAAUAUGCAAUUUAAAUUGGCCAUUCUUGGCAUAUAGAGUGGAUUAUUGGUGUGCGAGAACAUCAAAAUACAUGAACAUGUCCGUGGAAGAAUGGAAAAAUAUCAGCGCACCCAUGGAGAUAAGAAACGGGAGAACAACACAUAGUCGAUGUGAAAUAUACGAUAUUAACGAUGAGAAAUAUGAAAAGAACUUUUCCAAUAUUCCUUGUCGUUCGUGGGAAUACGAUCAUUCACAAUACAGAUAUAGUGUCAUUGAAAAGUGGGAUUUAGUUUGUGAAAAUUCUUGGUUGAGUUCACUGGCUGGCUCUUCUUACUUCGUGGGAUUCUUCGUUUCCGGUAUCGUAUCUGGCCAGAUAUCCGAUAGAUAUGGAAGAAGACCAGUAAUAAUAUCGGGUCUCGUGCUUCACAUUACUUUUGGAAUUCUUUGCUCAUUUUCUCCAUAUUACUGGAUGUUCAUUGUAUCUCGUUUUUUCUUCUCUGCAGGAAUCUCUGCCUCUAAUCUAACUUACAGAAUAUACGUUAUGGAAGUGGUUGGACCAACACACAGAGAAAAAGUCAUAGUAAUUAACAGUUUAGCCUAUUGCAUUGGGAUGCUUAUGAUUACCGGAGUAUCUUGGUUUCUCAAAGAUUCGACUUAUAUUCAGUUAUUCUGCUCUUUGCCGGCUAUUCUCACUCUCAUAUUUAUCAGGUCAGUGAUAAUGUUCGACGCCUACGUAUUGGCUUUGAAUGCUGAUAUGACAGGAGGAAACAUCUUUCUUCUUUUUCUUUUAUUUUCCUUAUUACAAGCUUGCGUUUCUGCUGUGUUAAGCAUUAUUUUACCACGCUUUGGAAGGAGAAGUAUUUUGAUGUUUGGAUUCCUUUCAGUGGGCAUUACAUCGUUACUCAUAACAGCCGUUCCAAACGAUCUUGUAUGGCUUAGGAUUGUCUUCGUAGUGUUAUGCAGAUUUUGUACAUCGAUUACAAUAACUACAAUGUAUGGAUUUACUUUAGAAUUAUAUCCUACUGUAAUUCGUAACGUCGGUAUUGGAUCGUGUUCUACAGUCUCUAGAAUCGGAUCAAUCGCUUCACAUUUCAUGAAAGAUCUUAGUGAAAAGGUAAAUUGGAGCAUUCCCUUUGUGACAGUAGGAGUAUUGACUGUUACCUCUGGUUUGUUCAUUUUGCCUUUACGCGAGACCAAAAGUACUCGUUUGAACGAUACCGUUAUGAAUAAUACAGCAGAAAAUGAAGAGACAUUGAAAAAAUUAGACAAGAAGAAUAAAGAAAAAUUACUACAUUAAUAUGAGAAAAUUACUUAAUAUUAAAAAUGCACACCAAGGAUUGCACGAGA